AUGCCUCCUCCACCUCCUCCACCUCCUCCACCUCCUCCACCUCCUCCCCUCCCCCAUAAUGCCCUCCUCACCGAUAUUACGAAAGGAAGAGCCCUCAAGAAGGCCGUGACCAACGAUCGCUCAGCUCCUCAAGUAGCGAAGGAAUCUGGCGGAGCCGGUGGAGGCCCUCCGAUAGGCGGGGCGCCCCCGAUCCCGGGAAUGGCGCCCAAGCCUCCGGGUGGACUCGCGCCCCCAUUCCAGCCACGCGAGCCCGAAGCAACAGCGACCAGGGUGAACGAGGUCAUAAGGCUAGUAUAG